AGGACCCGGUACUGAACUGCAGCAGUACGGGUGUCGCUUCUCAUUUUGAUCUUCACUUCCCGCGCAACUCAAUCGUCUGCUCCAGCAACAACAAAGUCGACGGCGGUAGUGCGUCGUACAUCAAGAUAUAUUUCAAAAUAUUGUGACUAAUCCGCCAUGACAGGCCUCUUGGACAGCUGCGAGGAGUUGUUUGCUUCACAGGACCUGUACAAGGUCUUGGGUGUGGAGAGUAAUGCCAGUGACAAUGAGCUGAAGAAAGCAUACCACAGAGUAUCCCUGAAGGUUCACCCUGACCGAGUGGAUAAGGAUGAGAAACAAGAGGCAACACAGAAAUUCCAGACACUGGGCAAAGUCUAUUCUAUCUUGUGCGACAAGGAUAGACGUGCUGUGUAUGAUGAGUCAGGGGAAGUGGAUGAUGAAAACAUUGCCCCAGAUGAUCGUGAUUGGGACCAGUAUUGGCGUUUAUUGUUUAAGAAGAUAACUGUAGAAGACAUCAAGAAUUUUGAAGCUGAAUACAAGGAGUCCGAUGAAGAAUUAAAUGAUUUGAAACAGGCUUAUAUAGAAGGUGAGGGGGACAUGGAGUAUAUUCUGCAAUAUGUGUUGUGCUGCACCAUUGAUGAUGAAGCAAGGUUCACAAAGAUAAUCCACAGAUGGAUUAAGAAGAAGGAGGUGCCAAAUUUCAGUAAUUUUUCAAAUGAGACCAAAAGGAAGAAAGAAACAAGAAAACGUAAAGCAGCAGCUGAAGCAGAGGAAGCAGAAGAGAUGAAAAAAGAGUUGGGUCUGGGUGAUACCACAGACAGCCUUAAAGCUCUUAUUCUCAAGCGUGGUAAACAGCGAGAGGCAGAAAUGGAUUGUUUCCUGGAUUCCUUGGCUACUAAAUAUGGAGGUGGAGGCAGCAGCAAGAAAAAAAGUUCGAAGAAAGGAGGAAAGAAGUGAA